AUGGAGAUGCUGUUGGCUCCGACGGGGCAACCAGCAGCUGGAGCUGUAGAAGAGGUCAGCGAGCUGGGCUACCUGCAGAACUUUCUCCACUGGUCUGGCACGCUGCGCCACCCCAAUGCUGGUCCCUGGUCCAGCCGCGUGCACUGCCUGGUCCACGUCUUCACCAUUGUAGCCAUGCUGCUGUUCAUCUGCUCAGAGGUCGUCCUGCUUUGGCGCGAUGGAGCGACAGACCUCGACGAGCUCACUCUUACGCUUUGUGUCCUCAACACGACAAUCACCUUUAUAUUCCGCCUGAGACACAUAGCGGCGUGGGAGUCUGAGUUCCAAAGGCUUGCUCCACAGGAGCGACGCGACUUUGGCGAGUUUCUGAGCACAGACGACAUACAGCUACUUCGCGUCAGGAGCCGAUCCAUGCGGCGAGUCGUGUUCACCUACCUGUUGUCGGGCGUGAUCUCCUCCAUCGUGUACGUCGCCACACCCAUCAAUGCUGACGGACUGCCAUUGCGACUGGCGCUGCCAUACGACUCUUCGCGCCCCCUCGCCUUCGCGGCCACGUGGCUCUACUCUGCCUACAUCGUCUUCUGUAUAGUCAUAGUGACUAUGGCUGCUGACUCCUUCAACAUCAGCCUAAUGGUUCAGCUGCGGGACCAACUCGAUUUGCUCAACAGAAAUCUUCGCUGCCUAAACGACAGAACCUCUCGCAUGAAAUCUUCUUCGCUCCAGACUCUCUCUACGACAGAUGUAGAACACACAGAUGACCUAAUCCACGACGUUCACUAUCGGCUCCGAAAAAGCAUCAUUCAUCAUCAAGCAAUCAUAAGGAAUGUUGCGCUACUAGAGCAGUGCUUGGGCCGGAUGUUAUUGGGACAAAGCCUCUCCCUUGGGACAUCUUUCUGCUUGCAGUUGUUCCAGGCCGCAAAGAGGGCUAAGGGUGUGCAAGAAGUUGGUAAGGCUGGUAGCUACCUGAUGCUAGUAUUCUCAGUGCUGUUUAUGUACUGCUGGUUCGGGGACGAUCUUAUUUCGGAGAGUGAAAAAGUGGCGCUCUCCGCGUACGACGCAGUUCCAUCACUAGAGGAAUGCCCCACGUCCACCAAACGGUCCCUGCUGAUUCUAAUGCACAGAGCCCAGCAGCCACUACGUGUAACUGCUGGUGGCUUCUUCUCUCUCUCCAGGGAGUCCUUGGUGUCGGUUUUAAAUGUGUCAUACUCUUUCUUCACAAUUCUACGUAAUUUCAAGGAUGAUUAG